UCAACAAUCGCAGGCAAUGAGAAACACAAAACAAAAAAGGAUAACGCAAGCAAGAAUAAAACUUGGAACAAGAAUUUUUUCGUGGUGUGAUUUUAGUUUUUAUUUUCGUGUAAACAUCUGUGUUUAGUAGUGUAAACUGAUUUGAUCCGUGCUUUUGUAAUGCAAGUACCGUAAAAUAUCGUUUUCGUACUGAAUAAAUGUCUCUCCGGCAGCAGGAGCAGCUAGCUGCUGCCAGUCCGGAAAUGGGUGGAUCAAGUGCGAUGGAAAAAUUACUAGAAGCUCAACAACAGCAACUGGAUGACAUAACGAGUGAAUCGUCAUUCCUGGAGUUUCUGCGGAUUGAGCAGAGCUGCUUAGCGGCAGUUUUAUCUGGAAGUUGUAGUUCCCGGCCAGUCGACGGAAACCAAUCGAAGGAGGAUGUAGAUGUGGAUAGAAUAUUCGAACAAGUGAGUCAAUUGGCUGGGACAGGGGAAGACACCAGAAGUGUUGAAGAAAUCCUGCAUGAGGCGGAACAGUUGAUAAGAAAACAACCGGUUUUUGGUGAGUUGGAGAAUGGGAGUUGUGGUUUUCCAGCGGAGAAGAUGGAGACUAGUGUUCCAAAAAAUGAUAUCUCAUGUGAAUCGACAACAAUGGAGUUUAAUGGCAAUGUUUCGAGAGAGCAGGAAAUUCUCACUAUCGGGCUAACCCAGGAGAUAGCUCAGCUGAACCUACAGGACACCGAAGCCAGUCCAGUUCAGGUAAGCAAUCUAUUCCGGCGCCGAAGCUUCGUUAUCAGUACGACCGAGCAGCAAGACGAUCAUACGUACCGGCGACCUCACUCGGAUCAAAUCUGCCCCGUGCCGUUGUCGGAACCGGUAGCAGCGCAAACGGAAAUGCGUACCAAGAAGAACGGUUCGAAUGUGGCCACCGGGAAAAGUUCUCUGGGUACCAACGGAAAGGCUACCACGCCGAAGAAACGUACGAACGGUGGGAAGACAGCGGCGACGGGAUCGCGCAGAUCCACAGAAGACAACAAAGAAAAUCUCCAGUUAAGCCAUGCACGAAUUAAGGACCUUGAGGAAAUCUAUAACAAGACAUUAAAUGAAAGCUCAUCGUCGGUUUCGACGAUCACUUGUGAGAAGACCUUCUGCGAUAAAUCUACAGCUCCGUCGCCGACCCGAACCGUGACCCCGAUCAUAACGGACUCAUUCAGCUGGACUAAGGAACGUGAGUUGGAAAGCAAUAUUACCGAAUUACAGGAAAAACUGAAGGACACUAAAGAGCGAUAUGAAAGUUUGAAAAUACAAUACGAUACACUGUCGCAAGUACACCGAACACUGCGGGAGAAUCAUGGACCGGUUCAGGAGGAGAACGAUAAACUAAAGUUGGACGUGCAACAUCUGACCGAAUGUGCCAAUGUUUUAAGAUCGGAGCUUCAAUCGGCGCGAAGUGACCGCGAUUCUGCGUUGGACCUACAGAAAAUACUCCAAACGGAACUUGAAGAAUCUCGCCGGGAGAAGAAACGAUACCAAGAUGUCAAUGAGAAAGAUUCCAAAACAAUUCAAGACUUGCAGCGGCAAUGCCGCGAAAUGGAACGAAUAUUGAUGCGAAAGCAUCCGGAUUCCGUCUCGGCACUGAUCGUGGCCAGCAAACAAUCUCCAACCAGCAAACAGCCUGAUGAUGCUUCCCAGACGCGCCGCUUGUUGGAGCAAAGGAUUGCGCAGUUGGAAUCCGAUGCCAAGGAGCAGGACGCCAAGGCACAAGGUAUUCUAGCUAACGUACAAGCUCGCUUCAAUUCCGUACAGGCCAAGUACGAAACGCACAUUGCCGAUCUGGAGAUGCAGGUGCUCAGUUUGCAGGAGAUUAACUCCAAGCUGAAUGAAAAAAUCAUCCGCCAAAUUGAUGAACUCUCCAGCAUUACGAGUCACUCGGCUUCCUCGCUUCCCAGGGUUGUGGCGGCAACCAACAACAGCUUUACGCAAACGGAGGACUUCCCUGAAAAGGAGUGUAUUAAAACCCGAUCCAUUUCAGUGCAAACGGAUAGCAAACUGACGGGUGUGGGAGUCGCUGGUGGUCGCACACAGUCGGCAGUUGGAACGAAGCGGGCUUCUUCUGCCAACGUGGGAUCAAAAAUUCCCAAUUCCCUGUCGGACUCGCACAUACAGAGCCGGGAGGAUGCCCAUCUGUUGGCAACGAUUCGAGGAAUGCGAGUGGAUCUGGCAAUUAAGGAGAAGGCCGUUCAACGGCUUACCCGUGAGGUAGAGGAUUGUAAGAAAACGAUUAAAAAGCUUCAGAAGGAGCGAGACGCCUAUUUGAAACCAGACGGAAAGCCUUCGAUUGCUACGACGAAGGGUAAACAUUACGAUCCCUCGCAGUUCACGGAUGGUGGUGCCACCGGAGAAAACGGUACACUGAAGGAUGCACACCUAAAGAUUAAGCUACUGGAGGCGGACUAUAAAACAUUGCACGACAAACGAUUGCAGGAUCUCAAAACGCUUCAAGCAGCUCACGAACGUGAACUGGCCGCGUGCCACGAAACUGUUCGAAUCUUGCAACAACGACUGACCGAAAAGGAAGAACAUUCCCAUACCAAAGAGAAACGUCGGCCGAAUCACAAUAUCGAUUACUUUGCGUUGAAAGCGAAGGUGUCCUCGCUGGAGCGUCGCCACACGGAACGGGAACAACGUUUGCAUAUGCUGGUGGAAGCUCUCAGCAAGGGAGGUAGAUUGAAUGGUGUGCACAUCCGGGCACUGGCGGCGGCCAGUGCGGCCACUGCUGACAACGUAGCAACAACCACCAGCACCACCGCGAGAAUCGGCGAUGUGGAGCACCACAGCCCAACCAUCGGAAACAACCGCACCAUUACAGUGAACGCCCAUCAGAACAAAAAUGCCACCGCCGUUGGAGGGAAUCUGUAAGCAUUGCCCGACUCCGUACUAUCGUACUAGGUUUUCGUUUUCCUCCGGUAUUUUAAAGUUUUUACACUUUUGAUGUUGGUUCCACUCACAAGGUGAUACUUUUUAGGAUUCUGAUGUAGAAAACCCGCUUUAGAUGAAAAUAGUCAUUGGGUUGUCAACUAUCGAUUAGAUCUAAAAAGGUUUGAAGUAAAAAAAUUUAGGCCGUUCUCUCUUUUAGGAAAUAGUCCCCACGUUAAUCACAUCGAUAGAAUUCAUUUUUAUCUCAUUAAAAACUGUCAUAAUCAAUUAGUUAGUCAGACAUUUUCCACUCGUUUAUCAUAGUCUCAGCCAAGCGGCUGGCAACCCUUUUUUUUACUUUAUAACAAUGUAAAUCACGUUGAUUGCAGCGUCAUUGCAUAAAUUGUAAAACAGAACAUUGAUUUGAAAGCUGGAUUUCUGGUGUAUUUUUUUAACCACACAAAAAAUGGAACGGAUCAAAGUACAAAGUUUUUCCUUUGAGUAUUUUCAAAUAUCCAACUGUGUGUGAACUGUGCAAUACUUACGACAAAAAUUUAAUUUUGUUGCAUAGUUCACACCAAAUCGAACUGCACAGUAUGAAAGUGUGCUGAAGCCAAAUUGAAAAAAAAUCGUACAUCGCAACUGAAAUUAUUGCAAGUGAUCGACUUAAACUUUUAACUACCAAUCGACUUAAACUUAGUAAGUAACAUCGCUCAAGUUUCUACGAGCCAAUCAAACGCUACCAAAAUGAUGUCAUUUUACUCGUCCGAUUUGCAGUACGAAUUAUCGCACAAAAAUCGCCCUAUCGCAAAUAUAUGCACCGAUACAUAUUUUGCCAGUCAACGCUUGGCUAUGAGCGAGGCAAGUAGUUCGGCUGGUGAGUGGAUAACGAAACUGAAGGUUACAUCCAUUCGCUCGCUUUUGUAUGUGUGAUGUGUGUUGAUGAGUAUACACUGAGCUGUGUGUUCACUUGAGUAUAUUGAAUACCAAUUACCUGUUGAUUUUUAUUUUCCGGACGUUGUCCUUUGAUGUAAAACUUGACCCAGUUUGCACCAGUUUGUUUGAAGCUAGUUUCGAAUCUAGUUUCAACAUUGUUGAAUUGGAAAUUGAGUCAGUUUCGAACCUGGUUUGCUCAGAUCCCCGUUGCUAAGUGCGAAACCAACACAGUUUUGUCAAAAAAUUGUUUUUGAUUAAAUUACCCUGGGCCAGUUUCAGUUUUCUCAAGCGAAAAAGACAUAAUAUAAUAAAACAAAACUAUGAAUUUCGAAAGGUACAUUCAUUUACUCUUAAAACCGGGUGAAACCAUCACAGGAGAUCACUACCGAACGCAACUGAUGCGCCUUAGUCGCGCGCUAAAAGAAAAGCGGCCACAAUAUCAAGAGCGACAUGGCAAAGUCAUCGUCCAACACGACAAUGCUUGGCCUCACGUCGCAAAAGUGGUCAAAAAGUACCUGGAAACGCUGAAAUGGGAAGUCUUGCCCCACCCGCCGUAUUCCCCAGAUGUCGCCCCUUCUGACUUCCACCUAUUCCGUUCGAUGGCACACGGCCUGACAGAUCAACAUUUUCAAUUCUUCGAAGAGUUGGAAAAAUGGAUUGCUUCAUGGAUAGCGUCAAAAGAGGACUCCUUUUUUCGAGCCGGGAUCCGAAAAUUUCCGGAAAGAACGGACAAUACUUUGGAUAAUACAUCUGUAAGCACUUUUUGGCAAUAAAGCUUUAAAUUUUGGAAAAAAACGGCGGAAGCAAAGUUGUACACCUAAUAUAAAUAUAAUAAAAUUUCCAUUUUAACCAACAGCAAAACAAAAAUCUAGCGUGAAGUAAAUAUUGCACCCAAAAUUGUGGCUCAUGUGAAAGCGGCAGCCAAAUCGUAGUGACACCUCGUGUCGAUCGUGGUGACAUCUGCAAGUGUUCGCCACGCUGAUUGAGCAAAUUUUACACACAGUUCAUAUGUGAACCUGUAUAUCUGUUAUCUGUGGUAAAGCCUAUGACGCCAGAUUCAAUUUGAAUUUCACAUGAAUGUCUCCUUGUUUUACAUAAAGGUAUCAAUUGAGUGAAUUUACACAUAAACUAUAUAUUGGAAUAGCUUGUUCCUUAUAUGUUUAUAUAAAAAAGAACAUCAAAUCGAUUUUUUGUAAAUAUAUCAUCGAUUUGAAAAUUUACUUCACAUGAGGCUGUCGUGUGUACUUUUAUCAGUUUUGAGUUAGGUUUACUUAAAUUUUGAAAAAAACAUUUUUCAUAUUUUGAGUAGAAAUUACUCUAAUAUUGACAACUUCGUUCCUUUACUAAAAACGAGUAUAUGGAUAGAAAGUCGAAUUUUGACUACGUUCACUUUUUAUGAAGUACUGUGUCACUCAUUUAUGAGUUACGUUUUGAGUUACUUUUUGAGUAGUGCGUCACUCAUUUUUGAGUUACGUUUAAUGUCAAUUUUGUGAGCAGGGUUACCAGUUAUGUGGAUGUUUGAAAAUGCUCAAAGGAAAUUUGAUUUAUUCAAUUUUUGUUUGGUAGCCGUGCAUGUGCAAAAAAAAGUGUGGUUCAGGCACAGAGAACAGACAUCCAAGUAGAGAUUUCAAUUUGUGUAAGAAGUUUAACGGUUGUUUUCACCAAGUUGCAAUUCUCCUGUAGAGGCGCUUCGGACAGCUCAGUAAUCCCUUAUGGGCUCUUGCGUUCGAGCUUUUAUACAAUAGUAAUUCAUGCUUUACACAGCCUUUUUUUUUGAAAAAGUUUGUACUAGCUUGGAUGUCUGUUCUCUGUGGUUAAGGUCAAAAGAAUUGCACCAGAAAUCCAGUUUUGAAGGCAAUCGUCAAUUGCCGGACGCACUUAUAUAAUAAACUUGCAAUGAUCGAAUCGAAUGAAGAUUCAGAUUAUGCUGGUCUACGUGUAUUCUAUUUUUUUAAUCUUUUUAGUAAAAAAGAGUUGUCAGUCUAUCAGAAAUUUUGCUUCUUCCAUGACUUCUAGAAGUGCGGUAACUGUACCUAAACUCAUCUCAUUAUUGAAGGAGCUGUGAAUGGUUGGAAAACUCACAACAAUGAAACAACACAAAGCAGAUAAGUCUUACUCUAUCAAAUGAGUGAUGGGAUGGGAUGAAUGAAGGUGUUGAGAUGAAUAUGGGUACCGUUACUCAUCGAAGCAACAAACAACUAGGCUAUAAAAUAGCUUAAAUCGAAGACAGAAUGUUAUGUUGAGAUCGAAAGCAUCAUCUUCAACAAUCGAGAACUUAUUUUGUGUAGACUUUAACAUUUCGAAGCCAAAAUUUGCGUCCAAAGAAGAGUUUCUAGCCGUUAAUGAAGAGUGUGUUUAGCAGUGUGUUAGCAUUUUUUUUAUUGAAGAAUGGACUUUUUCCUUUUACGAAUUUGAUCAGUAAAUCUAAGGAACUUUAUUAAUUUCACCAAAUAACGUUUUGUACUUGGGUUUGAAAGUUUGCAUGCGAUAUUUGAACUGAAGAUUGGAAAUAAAGAUGAUGGUGCGUAUGGAAAAAGUCCAUUGUCGUCAAUCGUACUGUAGAUGUAAGGGUUAAACCGCUUUUCAUAAAAAAAAAUCCGUUCAAUUUAGUGAUCUCAGUGGAUGGUAGUUUUCACUACUAAGGAUCAUCCGUUCCAUAAAUGUUUAUUGUAAGCAUAAUCAUUUUAGUAUCAUAUUGAUCGUUGUUUUUCAAAGAUCAGUGAAAAACAAAAUAGAAUGUAACGAUAUAAUAAUUAUGAGACAAUAGUUUUAGCAAGUUUUUUUACAAGAAAUUGUGAUUUCUUUUGUCGAACAGCCCUUUUCAACUCGAUUUACGGUUAAAUUUAUAAACUUCUAAGUUUUCAGAAUGCAAACCAGUUUUUCAAACUACUGUCUACCGUUUUGCCGGGGAGACGACACUUGCGAGCAGCAGAAAACGAGUUAUCCAAUAACAUUCAAUAAAUUAGUUCAGACAACA